AUGCCAGUUCCACCGCAAGUUCAAAAAGUCCUCGACGACGUCGACAAACAACUUCACGAGCCGUCGCCGUUGGGCAACGUGCUCGGCACCGUCGAGCAGAAGACCGGCGUUCGACGCCUCCACAUCGUGCUCGGCGUUCUCGGACUCCAAGCCCUCUAUCUCAUUUUUGGCCAUUCGGCUCAGUUGGUGUGCAACUUCAUGGGAUUCGUCUAUCCGGCCUACAUGAGUGUGAAGGCCAUCGAGACGUCCCGCAAAGAGGAUGACACCCAAUGGCUAACCUACUGGGUCGUGUUCGCCGUGCUCUCGGUGCUCGAGUUCUUCUCGGUGCAAAUCGUGUCGGUGUUUCCCGUCUAUUGGCUGUUCAAGUCGCUCUUCUUGCUCUACCUCUAUUUGCCGGCGACGAUGGGCGCCGCCAAGCUCUACCAUCGCUUCAUUCAGCCGUUCGUCGCCAAGCAUAGCUCGUCGAUCGACUCGAGACUCGGCCGAGCCGCCGACAAAGUCAACGACGUCGCCGACAAAUUGCACAAAGAGGCCCGCAAUCUUUUGGAUUAG